UGUCCUCCUACUUGCCUGAUUCCAGGCUGCCGUAUGUCGCCGCUAUUUGUUAGGAAUAACGUUAUUGCUGCUGAGCAACUGGGGCAAAUAGGAGACGUGGGGAUACACACUGGGCUGGGCUACAAAAACCGUUUAGCUGCUGCAUUGAAGCCUGGGAUAAAACUGACAGCGAAAAGAAGAGCAAGGGAUGACGUAGGGACUGAGGCUGGAGAAGAGUGCAGAGAUGAGCCUCACAUCCUGGUUCCUCGUGAGCAGCGGGGGUACGCGGCACCGGCUGCCCCGCGAGAUGAUCUUUGUGGGUCGCGAUGACUGCGAGCUUAUGCUUCAGUCUCGCAGUGUAGACAAGCAGCAUGCAGUCAUCAACUAUGAGUCCAGCAGUGACGAGCACAAAGUGAAGGAUCUAGGAAGCCUGAAUGGGACAUUUGUAAAUGAUGUCAGGAUCCAGGAACAGAUGUACAUCACUUUAAAGAUUGAUGACAAACUGAGGUUUGGAUAUGAUACCAACCUGUUCACUGUGGUGCGUGGAGAGCUACAUGUGCCAGAGGAGGCUCUGAAGCAUGAGAAGUUCACCAGCCAACUUCAACUGGGCAAGAAGCCCACCAGUGCAGAGCCCUCAAAAUCCCCAAAGUCUUCUCCAGAAAAAGCCAAAGUGAAAAAACCUCCAGAGCCCAUUGCUGAAACAGCAGGCAAACCUGCAGAGGCAAACAAAGGCGAUGACAAGAUGCAAGGCGAUAUAGCAGCCUUGCACAGGGGAACCCCACUGUAUGGACAGCCAUCCUGGUGGGGCGAUGGGGAUGCAGAUGAUGAGAAUUCCUUUAAACAAGAGAAUAAAACAUCUGGAAAGAAGCAGGAGAACAGCGGGACAGAGAGCAAAGAGACCAAGCGGGGUGAUAAAUCAAAGGAAAAUGGUCUGGGGCCUGUAGGCGCUGAGCCCAGCUACUUUGAAAUUCCCAACAAGGAGGGACAAAUGGCACAGAACAGCAUCCAUGAGAUCCCAACAAAGGACACUGAGGGCGCUGGGGCUGCAAAAUCAGCCACUGGCAACGCCUCCGCACAGGCCAACACCUCAUUCACCAUUGAGUUUGAUGAUACUUCCCCAGGGAAGGUCACCAUUAAAGAUCAUGUGUCUCGUCUACGACCUAAAAAGUCCCCUCACGUUGGAGGUAAAGACCUCAGCACCCUACAGGCAGCCAUCAUGGCCUCUGAGAGCAAGGUGGCUGACUGGCUUGCCCAGAAUGACCCUCCUCUAGUGAGGCGAGAGUCCACAGAAGAGGACAGUAAGAGCAUCAAGAGUGAUGUGCCUGUUCACCUCAAGAGGCUUAAAGGCAGUAAACACGAGGAUGGCACGCAGAGCGAUUCCGAGAACGGCCUGGGAUUGCGAUUUGGCAGCAAACGCCACGCCGCGCUGGAGGAGCGUCUGAGAGCUGCAGGAGUUGGUCAGGUCAGAACAGAGGGGUCGUCUUCUGUGAGCCGCACAGCCUUCAUGAUUGAGUUCUACGACGAGGAUAACCCUCGCAAAAGGCGCUCCUACUCGUUUUCGCAGACCGCACCGCUGCUCGGAGGAGUGGCAGGGGAGGGGCUUUGCCCUACACCACCCUCACGUCCUAAGGUCGUCGCCACAGCAGCGGAGGGCAGCAAGGGCAUGUCAUCGACCCUGGCGGCGGUCGCCCCCACGGCUGCUCGGCUCCUGCUCAAGCAGAGGUCGGAGGAGCCCAAGGUGGCGCAGAACCCUAACCCUAUUGGUCAACCCAGUCCCACAGACGAGGCUCAGAAACAAGACGACGAUCAGAGUGACAAGGGCACGUACACCAUUGAACUGGAUAAAAGCAACCCUGAGGAAGAGGAAGCAAGGCGAAUGAUAGAUAAGGUGUUUGGGGUGGAGAACUCUCAGGAUCCUGGUUGUCCUGAGCAACGGGAGGCAGGUGGAAAAGUGAAGGAAGGCAAGAAACUCAGUUCCACUGUGUCUGAGAGAUUGGUGGAGGAUUCAGUUGCAGUCGGCAGCCCUCACUGGGUUUCACAGUGGGCCGGUUUAGCUGCUAAUCAAACCCGAACAGACCCAGAGGGCUCUGGAGCCGAACCGCCACCUUUUGUCCACCAAGAACGAGAUGGUGAUGCUUUUGAGGCUGGCAUCUCUAUCAAGAGCACCAGUUCCACCACUUCCAGCCAAGCUGAGCGCAAAAGAAGGACUCUUCCGCAGCUUCCAACUGAGGAGAAGAUCAAGCGUUCUGAGAUCGGUGAGAAGCAGGACACAGAACCCCAGGAAAAAGAAAGCCACAGUGACCAUAAAGGUGAUGGCGAGUGCCUCAAAUCUCCGGACAACAAGAACACUGAGUCUAGCCAGUCCAAGAGCAUCCAGCAGGACGGGAAGGCUGGAAAACAGUCGUCUGCGCGCCCCCUGGGAAGUGGCGAGAGGAGAACGCCUGAGGAGAGUCGCAGGAGACGUUCUGAGGACAAGAGUAAAGGAAGUGACAGCGAGAGGUCUGGGAAAGCGCUGGUGAGACAGGGGAGUUUUACCAUUGAGAAGCCCAGCGGUAAUGUCCCCAUAGAACUGAUUCCACACAUCAACCGACAGAACGGCGGGAGGGAGCGAAGCGACUCGGUGGGCAGCAUGGACACGGCAACUCUUCUCAAAGACACUGAAGCUGUCAUGGCAUUCCUUGAGGCUAAACUCCGAGAUGAGAAGAAGUUGGACCCCGCAACCGGCCCUUUAUCCCCAGAGUCUGACAUCGACACGGCCAGCACGGUUAGCCAGGCGGCAGCCGAGGCCGAUCGUAAGGCGGUUCAGAAGCGACGAUCCCUCAGUAGCCUUUAUAGAGAGAAGAGCAAUGCGAGCACCACGUCAAAAACCACGACCAGCGCGAGAGAGCGUCUAGAGAGGAAGACCAAGACCAAGACCACAGAAAGCCGUUCAGAUUCUCGCCGCUCGGCACAGACAGCCUCCCGUGGCCGCCAACCAUCCCAAGAUCUCACGGAUGACGACCAGACGUCCUCGCUAGCCAUCUCAGACAUCCUUUCCUCGGACCAGGAGAUGUAUUCCGGCCGCUCACUCACCAAAGGUUACUUCACCUCCACUGAUGACCUCUUGCAGUCCAAGCUUGAUACCAGCAAAUCCGCAAGGUCCGCAAAGCCCAGCAAGACCGUGCAAGCUAGCACCGCGGCCCUUGUGAAACAGGCUGGUCUUCCGCAGCCCCGUCCCACGCGGGCAUCUCUGUUGCGCAGGGCUCGCCUUGGCGACACGUCGGACACAGAUCUGGCGGAUGCAGACAGGGUUUCAGUGGCAUCUGAGGUGUCCACCACUAGUUCCACUUCUAAACCACCAUCGGGAAGAAAGACACAGUCACGCAUUGACAUGCUAGCGCAGCCUCGACGCACCAGACUCGGCUCGUUUUCAGCACGGAGCGAUUCGGAGGCCACGAUCGGUCGGACCGCAGCAUCACGUGUGUCGGCAGAGACGGCGCUUCGUCUGGGGCUGAGAAGCACAAAUCAACAACCAGCAGACAGCAAGCUAACUGCACGCAUGAGGGCUAAUAGUGUCUCCAAGCUAACGGACCCCAAGCCGAAGACAGCACCUGUCAACAGCACCCCAUCAGAAACUCAACUUGAGCCUGAAAGUGUUCUCGCAGAGGAGGAGCCCAUGGCCAAUAACCGGUGGAGACGGCUGCCUCCUGAAUAUGCCUCUACCUCCGAGGAUGAGUUUGGCUCCAACCGGAACUCCCCCAAACACGUUCGCCUGCGGCCGGGCACCACCCUCCGCACCAGCAGGCUGGGUGUUCCCGCUCCGGUCACGACCAGCCCCGGGGGUCUCCUCCUCAAGAACAGGAUGAAAGAACAGGAGGAGUACAUACGAGACUGGACGGCUCACAGCGAGGAGAUUGCCAGGUUAUUUCCCUGUGUGCGCAGGAUCAGUCAGGACCUCGCCAAGGACCUGGCUAUCCUGGCACGGGAGAUUCAUGACGUGGCAGGCGAAAUCGACUCGGUCAGUUCCUCCGGCACCGCACCCAGCACCACCGUCAGCACGGCCGCCACCACACCGGGCUCCGCCAUCGACACCAGGGAGGAGCUGGUAGAGAGAGUUUUUGACGAGAGCCUAAACUUCAGGAAGAUUCCCCCUGUAGUUCAAACCAAAGCCUCAGAGAUCAAUGGCAAACCAGUGGAGCUUCGUCCCCGGGCCCCGGACAGCCUGGAUCCUCAGGCGGCCCUGCGCAGACGUACCUGGAACCGGGAUGAGGUGAGACCGGCGGUGCUAGACAGUUUAUUGCUGACGUCGGUUUCCCAACUGUCUUCCAAAAUCCGACAGUCUGUAGAUAAAACUGCCGGGAAAAUCAGGAUAUUGUUCAAAGACAAGGACAGGAAGUGGGAUGAUUUUGAGAGUAAACUCUGUUUGGACAAUGAAGUUCCGGUUCCCAAAACUACAAACAAGGACAUUUCAUCUAUACUAACAGAGCUGAAGAGGGUAGAAAAACAGCUUCAAGUAAUAAAUGUCAUGGUGGACCCUGAUGGAACCCUUGACGCUCUGACCAGCCUCGGCCUGACCAGUCCUACCACCCCCAAACCCAAAACCAGCCCUGGCUCUCAGAGCAUAUGGGGACCCCUGCCCAGUAACGGAGCCCCCCAACCACCUCCAAAAACAACCAUAACCAACCCCAGCCAAGAGAAACCCAGUAUGGGACUCAACUUAAACCGCACACACCCCACAGGAAAGGAGAGUGCCAUCGCUAGCAAAUAAUCUUUUAGUAAACUGGACUAACUACAUACUGUAGCUUGUUCCUGAAUGGAUCUUUUGUGUAUGUAUCAUGUAAUUAUUCCUAUGUGCCCUUCUACAGGAUUCUGUAUGAGGCGUGUUUGUCGUUUUACCCUGUAGUGUAACCUUUAGGAUCACACCUGUGUAUCUGGACUGACCGCUUGGCUCGGCUAAGCAAAACCACACCAAAACACACACACCUGCAUGUGACAGGAAGCAAGUGGCCAUCCAAGCCCUUAGAACUGCCAGACGUAUCCCUCGUGAACGGACUCAAGCAACUCCAGUGCCUGUCUGCUCUCCUCUGAGCUCACCUUUCUGUGUUCUGCACAGUGCAACAAAACUGAAUACAGCAAACUCAGUCAUUUCUAUUUCAAAUUUGUCUAUUUCGAUAACUGUCAUUUUUGGGAAAUGUUUUAGAAUUUUGUGCAUUCAAGCUAUUCUUGAUUAGCUUAAUAAUAAUGCUCUUGGGGGUUUUUUAAUGCACAGAAUUUGUAUCAUUGGAGGCUGAAAUAUCCAUUGAAAUUAUUUGCAUAAUUUUGUAGUUUUCGAUUAGAAAAGCAUAAAGAGGGAACUUGCAUGGCAUGCACUAACAGACUGGUAAACUGCGACCCUGGCUAAAUCGUUUUGCUCAUUCGAUCAGCUCUGUAGAUCGCUGAAUCAGCCUUAUGACUGUAAGCGCGUGUGUACUAACAUUCUGCAUAGACGGACAUCUAUGAUACUUACUAGCCUUCUUUUCAUGAAAAUGUUCCAUGUCUCUGUGUGCGUUUACUGUUUACCCAUUUCUUUCCUUCUGCUGCUUGUCUGUAUUUUUAGGAGGAUGUUGGAGUAAACCUGAACCACGUACCUGUCCUGGCCUUUCUUUAGGAGCCCUGUAGGAAGACGUUUUCUGGCAUAUAGUGUAACUGUAGACCUAGACAAAAGGGCAGAUAAAUACCAGACAGAAUACAUCCAGUGGGCUUUUUUUGUGUGUUUUAUACAUGUAUGAUGUCACUAAGUGCCCGGUAUUCUCAGCUUACUCUUUUGGUUUAUAAGGAUGAAAAGACUUGAUUCAUUGUGCUACGGUUUUAUUUUGCACAUCAGAGGAGUAAUGUGAAAUGGAAUGAUUCAGAGCACAAAAAGGAUUUAUGACACCACUACAUCUCACUGUACUCACUACAAGAUGCCUUUACACUGGGACGCCCCUCUGACAGAAAACAACCUGUGUGACAGUCUGCCGCUGUAUGAGAGGGUGGAACGGCAGAAAAGGUGCUUGGUACAUAGAUUUUCUCAGUGUGGUUUACACAUUGUGUAUCAUAUCAGUGUUGUUGUUGUUGUUUUUUUUUCAACUUUUUGUUGUUUUUAAUGUAUGGUUAAUUUAUUUUUGUUUCUUUCAAUUCAUUUAAUUGUUAUGGCACUUUUUUCUUUUUACAUAAUUUUGCAUCUUCUCAGUAAAGGGGGGAACGGGAUAUUAAAUAAACAUUUUUGUUUAAA